CCCGUGAAAGGGCCCCACAUCUCGGUCGUCGCCGAAGACCCGAAGUCAGGCUCAGACGACCCGACCGUCCCGUCACCGCACCGCAUGGCUCCCCUGCUCCAGCGCGUCCUCCUCGCCCUCGCCGUCCUGCUGCUCGCCAGCACGGCCUCCUCCUCCGCCACCGCCAGCGGCGGCGUCCACUUCGACCCCACCCGCGCCGUCCACGUCUCGUGGCGCCCCAGGGCGUUCCUCUACAAGGGGUUCCUGACGGAGGCGGAGUGCGAUCACCUCGUCGCGCUGGCGGAGGAGGGUGGCCUGCAGAAGUCGAUGGUGGUGGACCGGCAGACGGGGAAGAGCGUGAUGAGCGAGGUGCGCACCAGCUCCGGAACGUUCCUCGCCAAGAAGCAGGACCAAGUUGUGGCGACGAUAGAGGCGAGGAUCGCCGCCUGGACCCUGCUGCCACAGGGUAUGCUAUGCUUCCUCCAGUGGACUGAAACUGAACUCGACGCGCGCUGCAUCUCAAUUUCGUUUUCCAACUGCAAUGUUUGGGCAGAGAACGGCGAGAGCAUCCAGGUGCUCCGGUACGAGAACGGGCAGAAGUACGAGCCGCACGUCGACUUCAUCCGGCACGCGGCCAAAGGCCACCAUUCCCGCGGAGGCCACCGCGUCGCCACCGUCCUCAUGUACCUCUCCGACGUCAAGAUGGGCGGCGAGACCGUCUUCCCCAACUCCGACGCCAAGACGUUGCAGCCCAAAGACGACACGCAGUCAGAGUGUGCACGACGUGGGUACGCAGUGAAACCGGUGAAAGGCGACGCGGUGCUGUUCUUCAGCCUGCACCCCAACGGGACGACGGACCCGGACAGCCUGCACGGGAGCUGCCCCGUGAUCGAAGGCGAGAAGUGGUCGGCGACCAAAUGGAUCCACGUCCGGCCCUUCGACAACCGCCGUCGCGUGCCGUCCACCGCCGGAUGCGGGGACGACGACGAGCUCUGCCCCCGGUUGGCCGCCAACGGGGAGUGCGCCAGGAACCCUCGCUACAUGGUCGGAACCGCCGGCUCCCCCGGCUUCUGCCGGAAGAGCUGCAACGCGUGCACCGGUACUACAUUGUAGAUUUGCAUGCCACUGACUGGCUAUGGCUAAUCGAAAUAAAAAUAUCGGUUUGUUUAUCAA